AUGACUUACGAUUAUGUACAGCAGUGGCUGGCGAGUGUACCAGAAGGCUCGCUAUCCGAAGCAGGCUGGGACUCGACUGCAGUACCGCGACCUACGACCCUCGAAAGCGAGGGCGAACGCCACGUUCCACUGGAGCCAACAGAGAUUGUCCCCUCAAUGCCAGCAUUAAUUACCAGAGGCAAAGAACAAAGAAAGCAAGAUUUCACUGCACAAGCUAGUCAUCGAAGUACCGUCAACCCUUACGAGCGAAAACCUCGGCGCAAGACACGGGAUGACAAGUACGAGUACAAGCGGCAGACUUCAAAGACGAUUGGGCAGUCUGAGGGAAGAAGAGACAGAGUCAAAGGAGCACGUGUGAGCAGAAAGUACACAAUCAACGAUGCAUUUCAUGCCUCAAAUGUAACUCAAGGCAGACUGACUCUUCGUGACAAUUUCAAUGUUGGGAUCUUUGGCAAGGGGAAAGCCUCCCGGCCAGUCAAGCUCCGAGCAGUACAAGCAAAUUCCUUUUCUGAAACGAAAUCUCUUGCAUCACCCCAUGCCUCAACUGAAAGAGCCGCGAUUGCUAAUGCUUGCCCUCCGAGAGCAACUGGUGGACACUCUGGGCUGCAUCAGACGUCUGCCAAGAAGUCACGCUCGAGCGCAUUCGAAUGUGACUUCCGUAAGCCUUCCAAAUCGCUUGAUCGAUAUGAAUUUCCAAAUCACCGUGCAUUAUCACCGAUUUCACGCGCUCAAGAGGUCCAGAGCGAAUUCCAAAAACCACAGCACAGGAUCUCCUCAUCCAAAUCCGAAGGCUUCAAGAUACCUCAGGAGUGGGCGCAGGCCACGAACUUGAAACAAUGUUCUCCCUCAAUUGCGCGAUCUGCCACACCAUACUCAUGGUCCAUCAGUAAUGGGACAGUAUCACGAACGAGCCAGAUCCUCUGUGACAAAUUGUUAGAUAUUCUACAUACCGGUCUAUUCCAGAAGAAAGAAUACCCAGGCUCAGGUGAUGCAACGAAAAAGUAUUAUAAUCUUGAGGAUUUGAAAUUCCUCUUGCGGGCUCGGAAAGCAUCUUGGGAAUCUGAUUCCCCAGCUACAGUUUCCAACUCCGACGUCGAGAUGAUGCGCCAAAGCCAGUACUCUGGCUCAAAUGCGGUCAAUUGUCAUGCUGAUUUCAUUACUUCCACAUCUGCCGGGCAUGACCUCUUUUCUUCAGAAAGGGGAGCUGGCUGCCAAUAUCCAUCAAAACAACGACAGACGUAUCAAGUCCCAGCCACCAGGACGAUCGCUCAGCCCAUACCAGAAGCUUUACAAGCAGAAGUCUUUACGAUCCAUGCUAUCGAAGACGAUAAUUCAUUCUUUGAGAAUCUUGAUGCAGCGUACCGCGAGAUAGUUAGCCAGGAGAGCCUUCAAGAGACGGCACAUGACAACUUUUUCCCCGUAAGAUCUGCGCCGACAAUGAGGGGUCUGUCUUGCACUGCUCCUGAACUAAAAGACCUGUCGUCUUUUCAUCCUGAAAACGUCUCAAUGCAUCACAAGCUAGAUUCAUUCGACAUCCCCGCGGCGAGAUUAGCCAGUCAUGCCAUCGGGCCUGCGUCACAUCCUUUUUCUUCACAUGAGGCUGGAAAUGUGAGAGCCCCGUGGCUCAGAAAAAGCACUACAAUUAUGGAGAGGACACUCGACAAACCCGCAAAGCGUCUCGAGACUCCCACCGCCAUCACAAUUCAUCAGACGGAAUUAGAUCUGCCUGUUCCACCGGAAUUCUGGAAGCAGAAAAGAUUGUUCUAG